AUUUAAUUAAUAAAAGGACUUCAUUGCUUUUCAUAUACACUCGUCCAAAUGCCUCAGCUUCUACGAUCACUCUCCACAAUAUACAUUUUAAUCUGGAUAGCUAGCUAGCAUUUCUAUCCGCCAUGUCAACAUCUCGCAACGUACACCAGUGCAUUGCUGCCUUGGAGGUGGACGAAGGUAGUGGUGGCCAAGUCCGCCGCGCGAUCGGCAAUCCCAAGCUGCAACAUUUUAGCCCAUUUCUUAUGCUGGAUCACUUUACCUCCAAUGGACAGGGGGGUUUCCCUGACCACCCCCAUCGCGGCCAGGAAACGAUCACAUAUCUGCUUUCCGGCUACGUUGACCAUGAAGAUUUUACUGGGGGGAAGGGAAACUUGGGGCCUGGGGAUCUUCAGUUUAUGACAGCAGGUCGUGGAAUCGUCCACUCCGAGAUAGUUCGCAAACUGCCGAAUAGCAGCAGCAGCAAGACUGAAGGUAUACAACUCUGGGUGGACCUGCCCCAGCAUCUGAAAAUGUGUGAGCCAAGAUAUCGUGAUCUGCGCGCAUCUGAUAUCCCCCUCGUGACGAGCGAUGAGAACCUUGUCUCUGUUAAGGUGAUUUGUGGGGAGUCCAAUGGGGUGAAGUCCAUCCCUAGUAUAAGUUAUACACCUGUGUGGAUCCUCGACAUAGCCAUAUGUCCAGGUGGGAGGAUAUCUCAGCCAGUGCCACUAGGAUGGAGCGUGUUUGCAUAUACCUUUUCUGGAAACGUUUUCUUGACUUCCGAAGACGUCGUACAUUAUGUCAAACCAUUGCAUCUUGUUGUAUUCGACCAUGAUGGCGAUUGCAUUACGGCGUCCGUCGCGAAUGAUGCUGAAUCAGAUGCUCAUUUCAUUCUCGUCGCCGGGCAACCUCUCGCCCAGCCAAUUGUCCACUACGGCCCUUUUGUAAUGACUAGUCAAGAAGAGAUAUAUCAAGCUAUAUCAGAUUACCGGAACAGCCGCAAUGGGUUUGAAAGGGCCUUAAAGUGGAAGUCAGAAAUUGGUACUAGAUAUCUUAUGUUGAACAAUACCCGUUAGACAUAUGGAAAUAAAUGCCGAGACAGGAAUAUCCUUUUUGUUUUAUGUGGGAGGCGCGAAACGUCUGAAGUAAAUAG